CGCACUCUCUGUUUUGUUAGAUAAGUGGUAGCGCAGUCUGCAUGGCACAUUACUACUGAAUCGGUCAUCGGUUAAUCGGCUCAAACCAUUUCGUCAGAAAGCUUCCGGCGACCGCUACAGUUCACGGUUGUACACACAUUGAACAAAAUCUCGAUCAGCAGGUGCCCAAGGCGAGCCACAUUUGGUGGCGCAGUGGACAAGAUAUCCUCUAAGCAACGGUGUCCUUUCCACCGUGUCGUGUUAACGAGCGAGAAAGUUGUGCGCAUACGUUCCAUGUGGUAAAAUUUGCUGACGACGUACCCAUAGCUGUGACCAGUUUAGAUUGCGGGAAAACUAUUUCGAUUUCGCAAAUAUGCCAUUCCACAAGUACAUUUUCACUCCAAAACUGUUCAAGGAUUACGAAGGAUCAAGGGAGCAUUAUGAGCCCGGGCCACUGGAGAAAUAUGGAGACCAGCUGCUGACAGCUUUGAACCUGAUGUGGAGUUUCAGCUACUACACUUCACCCUUCCUAGUUUCCAUCCUGUACCGAAGAGGAUAUUUCGUGGCCGAGUCCGUGGGAACGUUCGCGAAGGUGACAACCGGAAUCGGACUGCUGGUGGCCGUAUCAUUGUGUAUGCGUGGCCUGGGGCGCUCAAUGAAUAUGGUUUAUGUGCGGUUUGCGGAAACGCUUGAAAACGCCCGUCGCAACAGUGACCGCUGUGGCGAACCAAAGACGGCCCUUCGGCGGUACGAUUUCGAUUUCAACCAGUGGCCAAUUGAUUACACCGUCAAAGGAGGAAGUCGUAAAACGAUCGCUCAGCGUAACAAGAACUUCUGGAUCUCCUCCUUACCCUGUCAAGUAGCAGCUUACGUAGCUAUCCAUACAUUUGGAAUCAGAAUGAUUUACCCAGGCUCGGUUAGAUUGCUGCAAAAUUACGUUGAACCUAUGCUCAUCGAAGGGCGCACGAAGUUGGUCACCCAGUGUAGCGGACAACGGAACAAAGUGAAGACCGCUGACGGUAAUGAAAUCGAUACAAUCAUUAUCGACAACCGUCAUAAGAGCACGAACGGUAAAACGUUAGUCAUUUGCUCGGAGGGAAAUGCAAGUUUUUACGAAAUCGGCAUCAUGUCCACACCGCUUGAUUUGAAGUAUUCCGUGCUGGGUUGGAACCAUCCUGGAUUCGCAGGAAGUAGCGGUCGUCCGUAUCCGGAUCAAGAUCAGAACGCCAUCGACGCCGUGAUGCAGUUCGCUAUUAGGGAGCUCGGUUUCAAGCCGGAAAAUAUCAUCCUCUACGGGUGGAGCAUCGGUGGUUAUUCGACGCUUUACGCCGCCUCGCAGUAUCCGGAAGUGAAAGGAGUGGUUUUGGAUGCGACUUUCGACGACGUGCUGCAACUGGCCCUACCCCGGAUGCCGGAGCGUAUAUCAAACAUUGUAAAGAUUGCCAUUCGGGACUACGUGAAUCUGAACAAUACGGAACUGAUCACGCGAUACAAUGGGCCGGUGCUGUUGAUUCGUCGCACGGAGGAUGAAAUCAUUUGCUCAGAAGAUGCUAACCUCGGCACCAAUCGAGGAAAUUACCUGCUGAUCAAUAUGCUCAAGUAUCGCUUCCCCAACAUUUUCAAGCCAGAACAGGAAGCCUUCGCCAAGGAGCUGCUAUCGAAGCCGAUUGAUUUUAUCAAGAAUGUCCCGGAUGAUCUUUGUAUUUCGCUGCUAAUGUCCUACCUUACCGACAACGGUAACAAUGGUACCAGCCGGAGCUAUCCGAUUGAGAUCGGUGCUGAAUUUUCCAGUGAGCAACGCAACACGAUGGUCAAGUUCCUGAUAAAGAAACAUUUGUCGGACUUUAAAUCGACGCACUGCACACCCUUGCCGGAGGAAUUCUUCCAGACGCCGUGGGAAAUUCCAUCCGAGACGGAUUACGUAUUCACCUAAAUCUCUUCCCCUCUCUCUAUCGCUCAUAAGAAAGACGCUUUAUAUUCGACCAAACUUCGCACUACAUCCGUGUGCUAUAUUUUAUGACAUGGUGGUUUUUAAAACUGUACAUCGGAUUCCGCUUCGACUUUGGUUUGUUCCGUCGUGCAUAGGUAAGGGGAAACAGUUGGUUUGUUUUGAGUUUUUCAUUCGCUGUAUAUCUGUGUGGUGUGUAGUUUAUCGGCAAGAAAUGGCUACAUUCUACAUUAAAACGCUACUAUAGCUACUCGUGAAGUCUUAAAUUUAAUGAAACACAUCCAAUGUGGGAUGUUAGUGCUUUUAAUGGCAUACUACCAUGGAUGUUAGUGCGACAUAGAAAAUUCCUUUGAUAUUUAUUAACCUUACAAAAGAAUCGAGGGGCAAAUUGAAACAAUGAGUCAUUAGUCUUUAUGACUACAAAAAUAUUAAAAAUUACUACAUUCUUUUCGUAUAUGUAUACUGGAAGUGGUAUUACAGUGAGACGAUGGAAUGGAGGCAGGUCGGUCGGAAUACUUCUGGUGUAGGGAUAGUUCAACUGAGUAAGGAAUAUUUUCCUAUUUGCAAGAUGAAACUAUAACAAUAUAGUGUAAUACCCAAAGGGUGGAAACAAAAUAAAACCUCACAUCGUAAAGUAUUUAUUACUGGUAAAGCAUGGCU